UAACAAGAGCAAAAUGGCAGAGGAGGACACCGUCAAGGUUGAGGCCCAGGACCCGGCUCCGGAGGUUGAAGUUGACGUCAAGGCCACGGAGGAGGUCAUGGACGUUAAAGCCGAGAAUGAGGCAGCAGCCGAUGACGCGGAUGAUGUAGGCGAGGGAGAGGAGGAGGAGGAGGCAAAUGCUGGCGCCGACGAUGCGGCCGCCGUUGGCGAUGCUGCUCCAUCGACAAGCGAGCCUAGCAACAAACGGCCAGACCCUUCAGGUCCAUUGACUUUAGGUUAUAAAACCUUCCAAAAUGCGAAGGAUUGUGCAGAGUACUUCCGGUUUUUGCUGGCUGCAACCCCAUUUGACACCGACGUAAACGAGUACGAGUACCGGAUACUACUAGACCUGGUGACGAAAGGGCACCCAUCCGCGACGGCCAAGUUUGGCUGCGGCGUGCGCGCCUUCCAGGUUCGCCGCUUCAACAGCGAGAGCGACUCGCGCGCCUUCUACGUGGUGCGCAAGGACGGCACCGCGGAGGACUUUAGCUACAUCAAGUGCCUGGGGACACUGUACCCGGGUGAGGUGAACGUGCAGGCUAACAAGCGGCGACGGGAGGAGCGCAGCAGCGACGGGGGCAGCGGGGCGGGCCGGGGGCGAGGCGGCGGCCGUGGAGGGAGAGGUGGCCGGGGUGGCAGGGGAGGCCGGGGCGGGCGAGGGGGUCGGGGCGGCAGGGGCGGCAGGCACUGAGAGUGCCUGGGCCGGGGCGGGGAUGCGAGCUGGGGGUGCAGCGUUCUCGCGGGGUUGCUACCGGUUGCGGGGAGCUGGGCUGAACUCUCGUCGUGUUGGCUUGUUUGCCUUGUCGCUGUGGGGACGGGGCGAGGAUGCGAUGUGGGUCGGGAUGCGGGAGAGUCUUGCCCGGGGUCCGGUGCCGGGAAUGCACCUCGGCAAACUAGGAUAGGCCGGGUGCGACGUCUUGUUGCCCUUGCUGGGUAUAUAGCUUGUAGGCAGGGCCGUGGUAGGUUCGAUGCCCUGGGUAGGUUGUCUGCAGGGGUGGGUCGUUGGGAACGGUUUGAGGCAAGUCACGUGUUGAGACUGGGCCACCGUACACGUGCGCUUGCACGGUAGCAGCGAUCGGGGCUGGGCUGUCGUACAGUGUGUUUGCCAGGGCUGGUGUGUGGAUUGGGGGAUGGGGGUGGCUAGGGUGAGUCACGGGUGGCAGUUGGAGUGGCUUAGAGGCAAGUACCAUGAGAAGGGCGUGGGGGUUGGCACGCUUCGUGGCCUGCUGGUGUCGUUCCCGCGGAAACAAGGAGGUUGGCAUAACUGCCGAAAUGGAUACCUUGCCCUUUACCUGUAUGGCUUUUACUGUUAUGAACAUGGGUGUACAACCCAGCGUCAUGCUCCAAGUGUUGAGCGACGGUUUGGGGGCCUCUGGAUAACCUGUAUUGUCCAACUUGCCCAGACGAAUGACGAAUCAAACCCUUGAUUUGGGUUUUGAAUGCCGGCCGGGAGGGCAUGGGCCGGAGCCCAGAGCCGGUGGUCCUAAAGCUCAAGUAGGUGGGCGGUUUCCUUGGCCGGAACUGAACGACAGCUGCAGGAUGCUGGUGGAGCGGGCUAAGCUGAAGUGAAAGGUCAAACCUGCACGAGCUUACGGCUUCUGUUGUUGUAAAUAGCGCUUGAACAUUUCUGCAUAGAUUAGUCCGCACGACGUGCGUAUCCCGUACGGCAAUCACCGCAACACAUGUACGCCGUGUCCAUGUCGAUGUGCUGCUUGCCUCAUGGGACUGGUGUUGUAGGGUGUGAGUAACGCCUGUAUCGGCGGCCAUGGCGGAAGUCCUUGGACUGGAGCAAGAGGACUGGUUCGGUGGAGACAAUUGGG